AUGCACAUGAGUGUUAGCCCUCUCGUUCUCCUCCCCCUUACCAUUCUUGCCCCACUCGUAAGCGCAGUGCGCUACGCUGGGUUCGCUUCUACCGUCUCCUGCAGCGGGGCCAACUUCUUCUGCGACGAUGGAGGGGCGGUGUGCUGUUCUCUCCCCACUGGAUUUGGCUUUUCCGUCGAGUUCGACAACCUCCCAGCGGGUACCCAAGGCCAAGGAUACACGGGGGACACCUGCGGGGACUUCCUGUUCUCCGUCUUCGGUCCCGACACGAAGUGCUGGAACGGCGGAGGUGUCCGUGCUACGCACAUGAACUGGUUCCAUUCGCCCCAGAAUACCAGGCGCAACUUUCUCCCCGCCCGUGCGGACAACUCGACAUGCGCUCCCUCCGGCUUCACGUACCACGACGAGAGUAGCACGCAGAAGACCAUCCAGGUGCCUCUUGGCGAAGCGAACAUGGUGGCAGAGUCGUAUCACAAGAGGGAUUUUGCCAAGCUGGCCAGCUACGCCGUCUACUAG